AUGGCAGGAACCAUGGCUUUCACUGCCGCUCCCGGUGUUUCAGUUCCCACCCAGUUGCAGGGUCACAGCGCGCAGACUUCAGCGAAGCCGACCUCAGCACCCGGCGCCGUUCCUCUGGCCACAGCCGCUCUGGGAGCCGCAGCCGUCGGCGCCGCAGCUGCGCGCGGGGGGUCCCGCAGGGAGGCCAAGAAGAGGACUGCUGUCAGGGUGAACCCGGACGACAUGGAUGAGGUUUGCGAGCAGACUGGGGUCACCCUCAGCCGCUACUGCAUAGAGCUGGCCAACCGUGGCAUCAUCGAUUCUGACCUGGACUCCAUUAUGAACUCUAUCCGUGAGGCCUCGAAGGUCAUCUCGAAGCUGGUCAACACGGCUCCACUGCAGCAGGCCGAACUGUUGGGGCUGCAGGGCGAGAUCAACGUACAGGGUGAAGAUCAGAAGAAGCUGGAUGUCAUUACAAACGAUGUGUUCAAGAACGCCUUGCGCUACACGGGAAAGCUGGGAACACUCGCAUCAGAGGAGGAGGAUGAACCGGUGGAUGGCUGGGCGGGACAGAGCGAGAGCGAUUUGAUCCCCGUGCUGUCGGAGGAGUUUGCCGAGACUGGCAAGUAUAUCUGCGUUUUUGAUCCCUUGGAUGGCAGCAGCAAUGUGGAUGCAGGCAUUCCUGUUGGAACCAUCUUCGGAGUCUUUGAGGAGCCGAACAUGGCCGAAUGUGAGCUGCCCGAAGAUCUUUCGAAAGGCCUGACGGAGGAGCAGCAGAGGUGUCUCGCAGGCACGUUGCAGCCCGGAAAGUCGUUGGUGGCCGCCGGCUACGUGCUGUAUUCCGCUUCCACCGAGCUGGUCCUCACCUUUGGCCAUGGCGUGGUCGGCUUCACCUUGGAUACCAGCAUUGGCGAAUUCGUGAUGACUCGACCUUCGAUCAAGAUUCCAGCAAGGGGCAAGAUUUACUCCUGCAACCAAGCCAACAUCGCAGAGUGGGACGAGCCAAUGAGGCAGUACAUCUCGGACAUCCGUGACGGCAAAGGCGAGUCUGGCAAAGCCUAUUCCCUUCGCUACAUCGGCUCCAUGGUCGGCGAUAUUCACCGCACGCUGCUUUAUGGCGGCAUCUUCGCAUAUCCAGCCGACAACAAGAACCAGGACGGCAAACUUCGACUUCUGUACGAAGGUGCACCGAUGUCCUUCAUCAUGGAACAAGCUGGUGGCAAGGCGAUCACAGGACACAGCCGGGUCUUGGACAUUCCGCCGCAAUUCGUCCACCAGCGCGUGCCGGUGAUCUUGGGCUCGUCGGACGAUGUGGAUGAGUGCCGCAAGUACUUCGACAAGUCGGACGAUCCGGCUUUGAAGGAGAGGCGGAAUUGA